AUGCCUGAGGAGUUGCUCUAUGGUAAGAAAAAAGAGCGAAAAUUAGAAGCUGGCCGCUCUGAAAAUAAGAAGGAAAACGGCUGCGGUCAAGGCGAGAGACGCCGCGCUUCCUGUGGUUUCGCUCAACCAGCGGAGAGACUUCCUGUGCGCUCGUCGCUGUACUGGGACUGUUCUCCGUGCGACGCGCGCUGCGUGUGUCGCCACCUCAGUCAGCUUCGACAGCCGACGACGCGUCCAGCGGGCGUAGCUGCGUCGCCGCUGGCUCUGCUGGCAUCAAGCGGGGCCUCCGCGCUGGACUGCGUCUGCUGGCACGUCGGCCGCGGUGAGGGAGAGGUGUUUUCCUGCAGCUGUCAGCGCAGGGACCUCGACACGCCUUGCAUCACCUGCCGGUUGUGGCGCGCCUGGCUCAGAGUAGCUGGUGUCACGGACCACCGUCGCCUGCAGAGGGAGACCAGCAGCCCAGAGACGAGGAGGGGCGCGGCGGCGCCCUGGUGGCUGUUCACAGCAUCACCUGGACCUCUCGCAGGAGACUCAGCGGUGGCCUCGCGUGCCUCGUCGCUGCCGAUUGCACCAACCCCUGCUCCAUGCACAGUACGUACACCACUGAAGGCUGCAACCACUGAUUAUGCAUCUGAUCCUCCUCUCCACUUGUUACAUUCGUUCUGUCUGCUGUCACUUGUCCUGUUUCCUUAG